AUGUUCGCCCGAUUGAUUAAACGGGAAAAAAUGAAAAAUUUAGAAGCGAACACGUUGAAGACGCGACAGCAAACAGCGAAGCGGCGGGCCGACGGCGGCGGCGAUGCCGUCGAAAUCCGACGAGCGCCGACGACGAGCCGCCCACCGCGCAAACGCGCCAAAAAGUCGGACGCCAUCAAAUGGGUGUGGCCCGUCGAUGAAUAUGUCGACGAGUCGCAGCUCGAAGAGCAUCGCGGUCCGACGUCGAUCGAUUUCGACGCGCUUCUGAUGCUGUCGACGAUGCCGCGAGUCACCGACGAUCUUCGGAAUCGGUGUCCGGCGUUGCCGGUUCGCACGCGAUCAGCACCGGAGUUCACACUCGUUCUCGAUUUGGACGAGACGCUGGUGCACUGCAGCCUCUCGCCGCUCUCCGACGCCACCCUCAUUUUUCCGGUCGAUUUUCAGGAUAUGCGAUAUCAGGUCUACGUCCGCCUUCGCCCACAUCUCCAAGAGUUUUUGGAUCGCGUCUCGAAGAUUUACGAGAUUAUCUUGUUCACCGCCAGCAAGAAUGUGUACGCGAACAAGCUUGUCGAUUUUCUUGAUCCUGAUAAGUCGUACGUUCGCUAUCGGCUCUUCCGCGAACACUGCUCGUUCAUCUAUGGCAACUAUGUCAAGGAUUUGAAGAUUCUCGGAAGGGAUCUCUCGAAGACGGUGAUCAUCGACAACGCGCCGCAAUCGUUCGCUUACCAACUUGACAACGGCAUUCCGAUUGAGAGCUGGUUUGACGAUCAAAGGGACAAGGAGCUUCUGAAGCUUCUGCCGUUCCUUGAAAGAAUCCCGAAGGCGGGAUGCGACGUUCGCGAGUUGAUUCGCGACAAAUAUCGACUACGCGAGAUGAUUCCGAUAUACAGUCGACUCUAUCACGAGCAGCAGCGUCAAAUGCGGCUCGAGGAAGAGCGCCGCGAGCAGGUUGCGCGCCAGAACGAGCAGGAGAACGUGGUGCCGAAGAAGGGCAUACUAAUGAUAUCGCAUCAGCAGCAGAAUGCCGAAAACGAUCUUAUAAUGCAUCAAUUGCCAGUCCCGCAGCCGCAAAUGGUCCAAGGAUAA